UUGAACGGUGUAUAACUAUUAUAACUUUGUUGGUUGGAAGCCAAAAAAGAUAUCAACUGCAUUGAUUUUCUUUAGAGAAGAGCUCUCUCAUGUUUAGGAGAAUAUAUCACUGCCAAAAUGGAGACGAUUUCUGGCAAAUCGGAGGAUGUUUCACUUGGUUCAAGUGGUAUGAAAAAGACUGACGAAAAAUUGGUUGUGGUUGCAAUAGAUGUUGGAACAGCUUACUCCGGUUAUGCUUUUUCUUUCCGAAGUAAACCCGAUGAAAUUUACGUGAACAACUGGGCAACACAUGCUGGAGAAGGAUUUACACCAAAAACACCAUCUUCCAUUCUUUUGGACUCUGUGUAUAAUUUUGUAGCUUUUGGAUAUGAAGCUGAAACCAAAUUUUCCAGCCUUGUCACGACAGAAGAAUCCUUGAAAUAUUACUUCAUAAAAAACUUCAACCAAAAACUUUUGAAACACGAAGGACUCAAAAGACAUUUUCUUGUUAAAGACGUUUUCAAAAGGUUUAUUCCAGCACAUGGUCUUUUCAUAGCUACAAUCUGCUUCUUGAGGGAACAUUUUCUGCAGAAUUUGAAGACAAGAGGUCUUCAAUUUAAUGAAGAUGACAUCCACUAUAUUUUGACAAUUCCUGCAAUUUGGUCAGAUUUGGCUAAGCAGAUAAUGAGAGAAUCAGCAUGCUUGGCUAGGAUAAAAUCUCACAAUCUGGAAUUGGCAUAUGAACCUGAGGUGGCAGCGCUACAUUGCAGAAAUAUUCCCUCCGAAAAUCUGUGUGGGUCAACAAAGUCCUUAACAGAGAUGUUUCAGCCAGGGAAGAAAUUUGCUGUUCUUGAUUUAGGAGGUGGUACAACAGACAUGACUGUUCAACAAAAUACUUUAGAUGGCAAGCUGAAACUUGUUCACAAGGCGUCAGGUGGUCCGUGGGGAGGCAACCGAGUCAAUGAAGAGUUUCAUAAUUUUAUCCGAGAGGUUAUUGGCAGAAAGAUUUUCGAAAACUUUGUGAAGGAAAACAUUACUGAUUUUCUUUUUCUCAAUGGGCAAUUUGAAACAAAAAAGCGACAAAUUGACCAGAAAUCAAAUGAUGAUAUAUUCAUGCAGCUUCCUGUCACAUUGUCUGAUACUUACAGGGAAAUGUUUGGUAAACCUCUCUCGCAGAGUAUCAAAAAUACGAUGUACAGUAAGGACAUCGAUGUAGCAAAGGGAAAGAUUAUCAUAACAGCCGCGAAAUUGCGGUCCUUCUUCUCAAAAACAAUUCAAGGAAUCAUCGAUCAUGUGGAAAUGAUUCUGGACAAACCAGAAUGUAAAGACAUUAAGUAUAUUCUCGUCGUCGGUGGCUUUUCAGAAUCGCCCUUGGUUGUUGAAGAAAUCCGCUCUCACUUUCCCCUUAAAACCGUCAUAAAUCCCAUAGACUCUGGCUUAUCUGUUUUGAAGGGUGCAGUGCAUUACGGGUUUGACAAUGGAGUCAUUGUGGCAAGAGCUUGUCCCCUGACUUACGGGAUAUCGCUUUAUGACACGUUUAACAAAAGAAUGCACGACUUGUCUAAGACUAUUGUAGUGGGGGAGGAAAGAUUUGUUCUUGGCUGGUUUGAAAAAGUUUUCACGAUAAACGAAGUUAUUGAUGUUGGAACUAAAACUUCGAUUAAGGUAUAUGAGAGUUACAAAGGCAAACCUGAUAACAUUAGACAGAUGAAUAAAGAAAUUGAGAUUUUUUCCUCGUCUGAUCAGAAUCCUAGAUAUGUAACAGACACAGGCUGUUUUCGACAUGGACGCAUUGUGGUUCCUCCACCAGACGGAGGAUGGCCGGAUGAGGUGAAAGGCAGGAUCGAAUUUGAAUUUGGAGGAACUGAACUAAUAGUUCGCUAUGUUGACCAAUCAAGACCUACGGAUUACAUUGUUACCGGCUGUGUAGAUUUUUAUACCAGCGAAAAUGAAUUCAAUCUAUUUGACUCCUCCAUUCGAAAAACUUCAUAAACCCCCCCCCCCCCUCCUUGCUUUAUCCAAAAUCUAUUACAGUUUAUGUUAUAGUCCACGUUAACCAAACUAAUAUAGAAAAAUUCAGAAUAAAGCCUAAAUCAUGUGAAACCAAGAAAGUUAUUUCUAUACGUAUCAUUAUAUCAUAUACUGAUAGGGCUUCCUGAUUUCAUGUUGUCUUCAAGUAAUAAAAGUUAUAGAUUUUGGACUUAAAGAAGACACGAUUCCCUGUGCCUUUUUAGAUUUCAACGAAACUGCAGUAAAACCUGUUAAAAGCUCGGCGAAAAAACUUUCUAAAAUUCAAGUCCAGUGCUUGUAUUAGCCAGUACAUAUGCUAGUAACAAAAUAGAUUUAUUCCUCAAAGAAAGAAGGAAAGUUGAUUGUGGAUGAACUUUAAUAAAAGCCGACAACCAGCACUUAGAGUUAAAGAGAAGCAAAAUGGCAAAGAAUGGAAGACCUCGAUGCAGACAACAAUGAGUUGUACGUAGCAAUAUUCCUUGAUAAACAACAUUCGAGGCAAAAUAUAUUCUGACCCAAUGGAGAACAUCUACGGAACGAUAGAAAACGUGACAGAAACUUUGUGUUAUUACUGGGUUUCAAAUGUACAUUAGUUCAUAUCUAGAAAAAUAUGAAAAAUGUUAACAAUAUCAAAUUCUUAAAAAAAAACCCGGAAAACUUUGAAAAAUGAUUUGAUUCAACCAUGAUUUCGACAGUAAGUGAAUGUGCAACCACAAUUUCUACAACGGUAUUUUUGGUAAAAUAUGUAAUUUUCACAAUAAUAUAUGUAUACCUGUUGCAUGAUAACGUGAUUUUUGUAGUCUAUGGUCUCUUUUUGUGUUGACUAAGAUAUAUAUAAUUUUUUUUUAAUUUGACUACCCAGCAUUGGGCGUUUGUAUGCAUUACACAUGUUCUCUGCUUAGCUGUACGUCAUUUCAUGUGUUUACCCUUUCUUCUCUUUUUCUUUUAAUUGACAAAUGUUCAAAUACACGUCUAUUACAGUUUGCCAAAGGUACUGUCUAAACGGAAUAGCUUUAAUAAUUACGGAUUAGGGAAUGUCAAUGAUUUCAGAUACGUUUUAGGUGCCUGAAGGUAUAUAUCAUGAUAUGCAUUAUUGAAUAAUGGCCGGAGGGAGACAUGAAAAAAGUUAAGGUAUCAGAACUCAGAUGGGGACCGAGAAGGUGAUCAACAUAAUCUUUUACAAUAUUUCAUGUGACUGAAGUUUUUCUUUUACAUUUUAAUGGUUUCCCCUUGAAAAUACAAUUCUGAAAUUCUGUCAAUACGUUUUAUUCCACAUUUAAAAACAAAUGUCCUUGUGUACAUACAUUUAUUCCUGGCAAAGCAUUUUUCUUAGAUGAUUUGUAAACUUGAUAUCAUUAAAAAAUUGCAAGAUCUGAUCGGAAAUUUGAAAAUUUCGGAAUGUGGAUACCACAUAAGUAUAGGCCCUAUAGAUAAAAGAUUAUAAAAAUAUGACUUCACCAGAAUGAAUGUGGCCUAGCUACCCCCACUUAUUACUCAAUGUUGUUCUGUUUGUUUUUAACUCUCUUUUCGCUGGCUACUUCUUGUCACAGCAUCAUCAUUAGCAAUAAAUUCUAUGCUUUA